AUGGUUGCUCUACAAGGGUUCUUGGAGGGCGUCCUCAGGACGACUGCGGAGGCAGAACGCUCAGGCGGCGGAAUCAAGGUCUUGGUCGGUAUCGACGAAGGCGACGCCGUGCUUGACAGCGAGGAAGGGAACGCCGCUCUCACUCGAGCGUUUCGCGGUGAGCACGACUUUGAGAUAUUUCGCGUGAAGACUUCGACCCCUGCGCUCGAGCAACCCUCUGGAGAUGUGCCCGAUGCCCCUACCGAAGGCAGCAGCGAUGAGGAACAACUUUUGUCGCCGUCGGCAGCACCCAGAGUACACGAAGGCCAGGUGUGCCGCGUCUGGCGCAAGCUCGCCCAGGAGGCCUUCCGGCAGGGAGCCGAAUACACCGUGCUUUUAGGAGACGACGUGCGCCUUCUCUCUCCCGGGUGGAUGGGUCAGAUCCAAGACGAGUUCAAGUCGCUGCAGCGCGAGCUGUCCUCCCAAACGUCGGCGGCAACGGAGGGCCUCGGGCGCCCCUUCGUCGACCUCUUGCCCCUCGGAUUCGGCGUGGUGUGCUUCACGGACGAGCUGUCACCCGGGUUUCCUGGCUUCCCGGUGCUGCACCGGACGCACGGCGAGAUUUUCCCCGAGAUCUUUCCUGAGAAGUUCGUCAACCAAGAUGCGGACCCUUGGAUAUUCGAGGUCUACAACCGCUUCGGGGCCGCCCGGCUGUCGCGGACGGCCAGGCUCAAGAACACGCUCGGCGGGUGCGAGGGAGACGCCGCCGGCCGCAGCAGCAGCACCUCCUCCUCCUCCCUCCCGGCACAGCAACGCUAUCGGAAGGUGGCCGUAGACUGGAAGUCCGAAAUGCUCGGACACGGGGUACAGCAGGCCCGCGCGUGGCUCGAGUCUCGCCCGCCCCUGCUCCAGCUCUCCCCGGAGGUUAAUAUCCGCCAAGGGGACGGCGGGCGGCGCCUGCGGCGCCGUUUCGAUCGGUUCGUUGUGCUCGAUGUUCUGGUGCCGACGGUCCGGCUGGACGAUCUCUCCAUCCUCACGGCGAUCUGUUCGUUGGAGGUUCCCCCGCACAUGCGAACGAUGUUCAUCAUCAUCGUCGACGACCCCACGAUCGCACCGAGUAGGAUAAGGACAAUGGCCAAUGAGCUUCAACGAGCGGCGACAGCAAACAUUGUCCGAGUGCGGCAGAACCAGGAGAACAUCGGGGCGGGCCCGUCCCGCAACCGCGCACUCCAGGAAAGCAGCGCCGACUGGGGCCUGUUUCUCGACGACGACGUCAAGCCGAAGGGCGACAUUCUCGCCGAGUAUGGGCGGCUGAUCAUCAACACGGUGGAGAGCGAGGGGUGCGACGGCGGCGGCGGCGGCGGCGGCGGCGGCGGCGGCGGCGACAACGGCCGCGAAAAGUUCCCGCCCGCCGAGACCCCGCUCCACCGCGCCGUCGCCCUGAGCGACGUCACCCACAUGUACGGCAUCAGCGGGGAGUUGUCGCACCCAGCUUGGGGCGUCACCGCCAACCUCCUCGUGCGGUUUUCGUGGCCGGGCAAGCGGCGCGUGAUCACCAAGUUCGGGGACCAGUUCCCCAAGACCGGGGGCGGAGAGGACGUGGAUUUUUGCCUCAGCCACGCCAAAGACACGGGGGGAAGCUUCCUGACGGCGCCUGAGGCCGUCGUCAUCCACCCGUGGAGGCCCGGGGGUCGUUUUAAGACCUACAGGCAAGGAAGGGCGUGGACCGCCUUCGCGAGAUUCACGAGGCGGUUCUUUCGUUGGAGUUUCGGCGACGGGCAGCUGAUGGACCUUCAUCCUCAGUUCUCGUACCGGAGCUACCCGAACGUGGCCGAGUCGAUGCUCCUCACGCCGCUCUACCUCACCCUCCUCUACCUGGCCCCGCUCGCCUUCGAAUUCUUCUCACGGGACGGAAGCGGCGGCGACGGCGGCGACGGGGAGCUCUCGUGUUCGAGUGGCGAUCUCCCGCCGCCUCCAUUGUCAACGGUGCUAGCGCUCCCCCUCCAGCAGCUUGCCCUCAUGCUGCUUGUGGUUCUGACCGCCGAGAUGACCUGCGACGUGCCUCGCAACACGUGGGGCCGUCGCUGGAGCGAGCGUCUCCCGAGCGCUGGUUUCUUCCGCCGGGUCAUGCCGGCGGCUGAGGCUUCGUGCGUCAUCACCGCGCUGGAGGUGGGCCGUCUGGCCGGCCAGUGGUCCAGGGGAGGGCUAGGACUACAAUCCAUUUUUUGUCGCCGCAGUGGCGAAAACAUGAACGGCAGCGCCGGCGCCGGGGGCGGCAUCGCGGGGAACUUCCGCCGGCGCUUCGACUGGCACUGUGGGAGGCUGGCCGGGGCCAUCGAGGGCGAAAAGAGGCGCGCUCUCAGGAAGCUGUUCGUUUGGCAUGGGCUCUUGCUGCUGAUCAUGAUGUGGACACGAGCUGGUUCUUGA